AUGGCUCAGGCUGAGAGCACAGAGGAAUAUGACUACGAUUACCUCAGCAGCAACAAAACGUGGGUCCUGACUCCCAGAGCCCAGGAAACAGAUGCCACCCACAUUCUCAACUCCCUGCUCCAGAACUACGACAACAAACUGAGGCCAGAUAUUGGCAUCAAGCCCACUUUUAUUGACGUGGACAUCUACGUAAACAGCAUUGGACCUGUCUCUGUGAUCCACAUGGAAUACACCAUUGAUAUCUUCUUUGCCCAAACAUGGUAUGACCGGCGCCUUCGCUUUAACAGCACUCUCAAAGCUCUUACCCUCAACACCAACAUGGUGAGCCGGAUCUGGAUCCCAGACACCUUUUUCAGGAACUCCAAGAGGGCUGACUCCCACUGGAUAACCACCCCCAAUCAGCUCCUCCGGAUCUGGAAUGACGGGAAAGUCCUUUACACACUCAGGUUAACAAUUGAAGCUGAAUGUCUGCUUCAGCUGCAGAAUUUCCCCAUGGACACGCACUCCUGCCCUCUCAUUUUCUCCAGUUAUGGCUAUCCACGAGAUGAAAUAAUCUACCGCUGGAGAAGGUAUUCCAUUGAAGUCUCUGACCAGCGCACCUGGAGGCUGUAUCAGUUUGACUUCACAGGCCUGAGGAACACGUCUGAAGUUCUCAGGACAGGUGCUGGAGAAUACAUGGUCAUGACAGUGUCCUUCGACCUGAGCAGACGAAUGGGCUAUUUUGCUAUCCAGACAUACAUCCCCUGUAUCCUGACUGUUGUUUUGUCCUGGGUCUCUUUCUGGAUCAAGAGGGACUCCACGCCUGCCAGGACAUCUCUGGGUAUCACCACUGUGCUCACCAUGACCACGCUGAGUACCAUCUCUCGCAAGCAUCUACCCAGGGUCUCGUACAUCACAGCCAUGGACUUGUUUGUCUCUGUGUGCUUCAUAUUUGUCUUUGCUGCCCUCAUUGAGUAUGCCACACUCAACUACCUGGUGGGAAACAAGAAACCAGAAGAGCACAACAACAGGAAACCCAGACUGCCAGCCAGUCAUGCCCACAUGGUGCCCUCCUAUACCACCAUCAACAUCAACAGCAUCUUGCACUGGCCUCCAGAGGUAGAAGAUGACGAGAGCGAAGAGCUGGCCUCCCCUUGUGCGGAAGGGAAGGAAUGUCAGAGGUUCUUUUGCUGCAUUGAGGACUGUCAAACAGGGACCUGGCGGGAGGGCCGAAUCCGCAUCCACAUUUCCCGCCUGGACUCCUAUUCCCGGGUUUUCUUUCCCACUGCCUUUCUGCUCUUCAAUAUUGUGUACUGGGUUGCCUAUCUCUAUCUCUAGUUUCUUCAAAUAAAGAUUUUCA